UCUCUCUGUGUUUGUGCUUCUCUCAUUCCUCCAGCUGAACUCUGUGGAUCGUCAACGCUGUGUCCCUAGCUGUCCCUCCGCUUCUCUGAACCACAAUAUGACACACUGGGCCUCCCUUGCUCUCCUUCUGGUUUUGAGCCUCUCCAUCCAGGGGACCCUCUCCCAGGACGCUGAGGAACCUGCACCAGUGGACCCAAGCCAGGCCCCUGUCGACCCCUCCCAGGCAGAGGAUGAGGACGAGUGGGGACUGAACUCCGUUAGGGGAGGCUUUGAAGCCGUCAAUGGAUACUUUGACUCCAUGCUGGAGCUUAUGGGCGGACGCGAUGGAGUGUGCCAGUACCGCUGUCGAUAUGGUAAAGCUGCUCUUCCUCGCCCUGACUACCAGAUGCCGGAGCCCAACGGAUGCAGUGCCUACUUCCUAGGCCUUCCGGUACCCAAUAGUGUUGAUCUGGGUAUCCCUGCCAUGACUAAGUGCUGCAACCAGCUGGACAUGUGUUACGACACCUGCGGCUCCAACAAGUACCGCUGCGACUCCAAGUUCCGCUGGUGUCUCCACAGCAUCUGCUCUGACCUCAAGAAGAGCCUGGGCUUCAUGUCAAAGGCUGAAGCCUGUGAGACGGUAGCAGACACCCUGUUCAACACAGUCUGGACUCUGGGCUGCAGGCCCUACAUGAACAGCCAGAGGGAAGCCUGCCUCUGUGAAGGAGAGGAGAGGGAUGAGCUUUAAAUUAGGAUUACAGACAUACACACACACUCACGUAUGCAUGCAUGCACGCGCACACACACACACACACACAUACAGCUCUCCUAUUCACCAAGUAAUAUGGGAUGAUACGUCACUCCAGAUGACUGCUGGAGAUUCGACUUGAUUAGGGUUUUUUCAAAAGACUCCUAUUUUGGCUAUUUGUGUAAUUUAUUUGGUGUUUUACUUGGUUUUGUUUAACAGAACAAGUGCUGUAUAUUUGCAACAACUGUUGGGUUUCUUUUUUAAAUCUACAAAAAAAGAUGUACUACAAUACAA